UUCCAGGUAGAGGCCCACAGACUCUAACCGAGGCUCCAGAGAUCCGGAGCCCAGCUGCCCCCAGCUCUGUACAGCCAUGAGUGGGGAGGUGAAAGUGACAGGGCAGAACCAGGAGCAGUUUCUGCUUCUGGCCAAGUCAGCCAAGGGGGCAGCGCUGGCUACGCUCAUCCACCAGGUCUUAGAGGCCCCUGGUGUCUACGUGUUUGGGGAACUGCUGGAUAUGCCCAACGUUAGAGAGCUGGCUGAGAGUGACUUUGCUUCCACAUUUCGGCUGCUCACGGUGUUUGCUUAUGGGACAUAUGCCGACUACCUAGCUGAAGCCCGGAAUCUUCCCCCACUCACAGAGGCCCAAAAGAAUAAACUUCGACACCUAUCAGUUGUCACCCUGGCUGCCAAAGUCAAGUGCAUCCCAUAUGCAGUGUUGCUGGAGGCCCUUGCCCUGCGUAAUGUACGGCAGUUGGAAGACUUGGUGAUUGAGGCUGUGUAUGCUGAUGUGCUUCGCGGCUCCCUGGACCAGCGAAAUCAGCGACUGGAGGUUGACUACAGCAUUGGGCGGGACAUCCAGCGGCAGGACUUAAAUGCCAUUGUCCGAACUCUGCAGGAGUGGUGUGUGGGCUGUGAGGUUGUGUUGUCAGGCAUUGAGGAGCAAGUGAGCCGUGCCAACCAGCACAAGGAGCAGCAGCUGGGCCUAAAGCAGCAGAUUGAGAGUGAGGUUGCCAACCUUAAGAAAACCAUUAAAGUUACAACUGCAGCCGCAGCCGCAGCCACAUCUCAAGACCCUGAGCAACACCUAACAGAGCUGAGGGAACCAGCUACUGGCACCAACCAGCGCCAGCCCAGCAAGAAAGCCUCAAAGGGCAAGGGGCUCCGAGGGAGCGCCAAGAUUUGGUCCAAGUCGAACUGAAGGGACUGUUGUUUCUUUCCUGGGGAUGUGGGGUCCCAACUGUCUGCCUGCUCCUUAGGAGUUCUCAGAGAGCUAUCCUGUGCCCCUGGCCAGCUGAUAAUCCUAAAUUCAUGACCAUUCACCUCCCUUCUUCUCUUCCUACUUCCAAGCAUAGAUCACAUCUCUUUAGGGAAAAGGCA